AUGAUGAUAAAUAUUGAUUUUCAUGCUACCGCUUUUUAUGAAAGUAGCAGUUUAACACGGAUAGUGAAAAAAGUGCUUAAUAAAAGGACCAUUGAAGAACUUAGAGAUAUUUCAGAGAGAGAUCGACUAAAGAUUGAAAAUUUUUUAAAGAAUUUAAAAAUUUAUGCCACUCAUGAUGAAAAUGCUUUAAACCGCCGAUUUAGAAUUUCUAAAGUAACUAAUACUUCAGAUAGUAAUACUACUACAUUUGAUGAUAAUGGUAAUCAAACUGAUGUUGCUUCAUACUUUCAAAGAAAAUAUAAUAUGCAAUUACAACAUCCAUUCCUUCCUUGCAUUGUCAUCCGAGAGGAAACUUAUUUACCAUUGGAAGUAUGUAAUGUAGUUGAGCAAGUUUGGCUUAAGGCUGGAAACGAUGCUAAAGCACAGCCUCAAUUAAUUUUAUGUAUUCUUCCUAACACUGGUGUAUCAUUAUAUGAUGCCGAAAUUAAACGCGUCGGCGAUACAGUAACUGGUGUUGUUACUCUAUGUAUUCAGAGCAGGAAUAUGUUUGCAAUAAAAAAGCAAUAUUGUGUUAAUGUUUAUCUUAAAAUAAAUGCUAAACUUGGUGGUAUGAAUUCGUUCAUUAAUCCAAGCCAAUUGCUCUUCGUUUCAGAGAGUCCAACCAUCAUAUUGGGUGCAUCUGUUAUUCACCCUGUUCCUGGUGAUACCAGUCGUCCAUCUAUUGCAGCUGUGGCUGCUUCAAUAGAUGCAAUGGCAUCUCGAUAUGUUGCUUCAAUUCGUGUUCAACAAGAAGUUAUUAGUCAUUUAGCAGACAUGACUAAAUAA